AGCUAUAUGCUGGCGUGCACAACUCGCUGGAUGCGGUGGAUAUGAUAGCAUACGAUUAUCGAGCACAGAACCUAGACUAUAUUGAUAGGUUAAUUGUUUGGGAGAGUAAAGAUAUUUCCUAUGGAAGAGGUUCAUCCCUAUGUACUGCCUUCCAAUGCCGCAAUAAUGAUCCUCUCCUAAGCAUAGCGGAGCUAAAUAAAUUUAUCAACUAA